UUGUUUGACAUUUACAUUUUGCUACGAAUGCUACGUAUGGUUACAAUUUGUGUGAAGAUUUUAAAAUUCAGUUCUAAUAAAAACCAUCAAUGGUUUUAUAACGGUAAAAAUUAAUGAAUUGAUAAUGUCGGAUUCGGAAGCCAGUAAUUAUUCGGGGAGUGGUUCGGAGGCCGGUAGCGUAGUAUCGAAUAGGUCAAGAAGAAGUGCUGCAUCAAACCGAUCGGCGAGGUCCCGAUCUGUGUCGCGUUCGCGGUCGCGCUCCCGAUCUCGUUCCCAAUCAGGUAGUAGGAGUCCUUCUCGUAGUAGAAGCCCUUCCAGAUCACGGUCUAGAUCAAGAUCCAGAUCUCGAUCACGCUCUAGGAGUCGAUCUGCAGAGUCUGGUGGUGGACGCAAUAGAGAUGACGAAGCUAAGGAGGCAUCUGGUGAUGAAGAAGUUGAGGAUGAACAAGAACCAGAAGGAGAAGACUUAGUGGAUUCAGAGGAAUAUGAUGAAGAUGAAGAAGAAGAAAGAAGACGGAAGAAACGCAAGAAGGACAGCAGAUAUGGUGGUUUCAUUAUUGAUGAGGCUGAGGUUGAUGAUGAAGUUGAUGAAGAUGACGAAUGGGAGGAGGGAGCACAAGAAAUGGGUAUUGUUGGCAAUGAAGUGGAUGAAAUUGGUCCCACUGCUAGGGAAAUUGAAGGUCGCCGUCGAGGAACCAACCUAUGGGACUCGCAGAAAGAAGAAGAAAUCGAAGAAUACCUUAGAAACAAAUAUGCCGAUGAAUCAGCCGCACUUAGACACUUUGGUGAAGGUGGCGAAGAGAUGUCCGAUGAAAUUACGCAACAAACGCUUUUGCCAGGCAUCAAAGACCCCAAUUUGUGGAUGGUUAAAUGUCGUAUCGGCGAAGAGAAAGCCACAGUACUCUUGCUCAUGAGAAAAUUUAUUACGUAUCAGUACUCGGAAGAACCAUUCCAAAUUAAAUCUGUUGUUGCACCAGAGGGUGUAAAGGGCUAUAUUUAUAUAGAAGCAUACAAACAAACACACGUGAAGGCGAUUAUAGAAAGCGUUGGAAAUUUAAGAAUGGGAGUUUGGAAACAAGAAAUGGUUCCCAUCAAAGAAAUGACUGAUGUGUUGAGGGUAGUCAAAGAACAAUCAGGUCUUAAGCCCAAACAGUGGGUGCGACUAAAGAGAGGUCUCUACAAAGAUGACAUAGCCCAAGUAGAUUAUGUAGAUUUAGCUCAAAAUCAAGUCCAUUUAAAACUAUUACCUAGAAUUGAUUACACGAGACUUAGAGGUGCGUUAAGAACGGUACAAAGUGAAAAUGAGGCCGCGAAACGGAAAAAGAAACGCCGGCCUGCUGCAAAACCAUUCGAUCCGGAAGCUAUUAGAGCUAUCGGUGGAGAAGUUACAUCUGACGGUGACUUCUUGAUAUUCGAAGGCAAUAGAUAUUCUAGGAAGGGUUUUUUGUAUAAGAACUUUUCAUCAACUGCUAUCCUUGCAGAGGGUGUUAAGCCAACUUUGACUGAAUUAGAAAGGUUUGAGGAGCAGCCUGAAGGAAUCGAUAUCGAACUCGCCGCACCAGCUAAAGAUGAUCCGACAAGUUUACACUCUUUCUCAAUGGGCGACAAUGUAGAAGUAUGCUCUGGAGAUCUCGCAAACUUACAAGCCAAAAUUAUAGCUAUAGACGGCUCCAUGAUAACAGUUAUGCCAAAACAUGACGCUUUGAAGGAUCCUCUAGUGUUCAAACCGAAUGAGUUAAGGAAAUAUUUCAAAUUAGGAGAUCACGUAAAGGUAUUAGCGGGUAGAUAUGAAGGCGACACGGGUUUGAUUGUGCGAGUGGAGGCACAGAGAGUAGUUCUUGUAUCAGACUUGACGAUGCACGAACUCGAAGUUUUGCCCCGAGAUUUGCAAUUGUGCUCAGAUAUGGCAACGGGUGUUGAUUCUCUGGGCCAGUUCCAGUGGGGCGAUAUGGUUCAGCUGGAUCCACAAACCGUAGGAGUAAUCGUUCGUUUGGAAAAAGAAAACUUCCACGUGCUUGGGAUGCAAGGAAAAGUCAUAGAAUGCAAACCGCAAGCCUUACAGAAGCGACGCGAGAAUCGCUUUACGAUGGCGCUCGACUCUGAACAUAAUUCCAUACAGAGGAAGGACAUAGUGAAAGUGAUAGACGGGCCGCACGCGGGCCGAGACGGUGAAAUCAAGCACUUGUACAAGAAUUUCGCGUUUUUGCAAUCCAGAAUGUAUCUAGACAAUGGUGGUAUAUUCGUGUGCAAAACGCGGCACUUGCAAUUAGCUGGUGGGGCGAAGAAUAAUGCGACAGCGAACGGAUUAGCUUUAGGUUUUAUGUCGCCGCGUAUUCAGUCGCCCAUGCAUCCCUCGGGGAGAGGUGGGGGCAACAUGCGCGGGAGGGGAAGAGGAGGAAGAGGGGGGAUGGUGGCGAGGGAUCGGGAGCUAGUGGGGGUCACGAUAAAGAUAACGGGAGGGCCGUUCAAGGGCAACGUCGGGAUAGUGCGAGUGGCAACGGGGGCAACGGUGAGGGUGGAACUGCACUCGUCGUGUCAGACUAUAUCGGUGGAGAGGAGCCAUAUUGCGGUGGCGGGCGGGCCCACUGGCGCCGCCAGGGGAGGGGCCUCUAGCUACAGCCGCACGCCGAUGCGCGCGGGCGGGUCGCACACGCCCACGUACCGCGACACGGGCAUCAAGACGCCGAUGCACGGGUCGGCCACGCCCAUCUACGAGGCGGGCAGCCGCACGCCGCACUACGGGUCGAGCACGCCCGCGCACGACGGCGGCCGCACGCCGGCGCACGGCGCGUGGGACCCGGCCGCCGCCAACACGCCCGCCCGCCCCGACUUCGACUACGGCCUGGACGACGACCAGCCGCCCGCCUAUGAGGGCACGUCGUACGCACAGGGUCCAUUUACGCCGCAGACACCGGGUACGAUGUACGGCUCGGACCACACGUACAGCCCGUACCGGCCGAGCCCGAGCCCCAGCGGGUACACGGGCGGGUACCUCGGCACCCCGAGCCCCGGAGGGUACUCCCCGCGGUCACCCUACGCCGGCGGUUCCCCCACGCCCGAUUGGCACGCGCCGGAUCUGGAGGUGCGCGUGCGCGACAAGGGCGACGGGUUGGGGGGACAGACGGGCGCCCUGCGGGGGGUCAGCGGGGGGGUGUGCACCGUGUACCUGCCCAGUGAGGACCGCUCGGUUAGCCUACAAGCGGAUUUGCUGGAACCGGUCGUGCCGCAGCGUGGGGAUAGGGUUAAGGUGAUAUCCGGCGACGACCGAGAAGCGGUAGGUGAGCUGAUCUCCAUAGAGGAUAAGGAAGGAGUCGUCAAGUUUGUCGGCACUGACGAUAUUAAGAUCAUGCAGUUGCGGCGCCUUUGCAAAAUGGCGAACGUCUAGAUUGACAUUUUGACACAAAAAUUGGCGGCAAAAUGGCAAAAUUGACGGCUGGCUGAGAUAAAUUCAAAAAACUGAAAGCGAAACGAAAAGUUAAAUUAAUUCCGUUUAAUUUUAUAGAAACGAUUCGUCAUUGUAUAAUUUUUUGAUAUAGAUUCGUGAAUAAAUGAAAUAUCGCUUAGCCCUACGAAUCAUAUCAAAUUAUAGAAAUGGGACAUUAAUAUAUAAUGCUAUCAACAGUAUCACUUCGUUUCACAAAGAAAAAUAUACAUAUAUGAAAUAUAUCAUAAAACGUAAUAAAGAACCAAACUAAUAUAACACUACACAUUAAAUAUUUUCAUAAAGACAUAUACAUUAUUCUGUUUGAUGUAAUAUCAUUAUGAUUUUCCUCUAAGUGUAACUGACAUGUACGCUACCCCUAAGUUAGUUAUUGUUGAGUUCAUUAGGUUGUUUUAGUAAAUAAAUCCUGAAACGGU